UAUUACUUUAUCUGCUUUCUUUUAGUUUUUGACUCUUUGUAUAUAUUUUUUUUGUAUUUAUUUGUAAACAAGAAAUAAGCUUUUAUCAUUUAGACAACUGUUUUAUAUUUUCUAUAAAAUUUAGUUUUAAAGUGAUAGUAGAGUAAAAAAAAAAAAUGGAAUUAAAUAUAAUGGAAGGUAACAUGGGGCAGACAUCGGAUCUCCCCGUGUUUGUAGACGUCCAGGGCUCGGAGCAGUAUCCAGGGACGGAAUCCCUCCCCCUACUUGAUUCCACACAGACACCAGUCACUGAGAACAAUGCCGAAAAGGUGGAAGAGGAGCAAGAUCGUAAGGCAUUCAGUAUGAAUGAUGCUGAGAAUGGUGGAGUACAACGCGCAACUGAUCGGAUCCGAUGCCCGGAAUGCUUGAGAUACACAGCGGACAACGAGGAGAAGAUGAUGCGCCACAUAAGGAAGGUGCACCGCGGCGAGAACCCGUUCCAGUGCUACAUGUGCGACUACUCCACGUACAACAAGGCGGUGUUCGAGGAACACGUCCGCAUACACCAGGGCAUAAAACCAUUCAAAUGCACCUACUGUCCAUACCGGAGCGCGUCCAAGAAGAACACCAAGAAGCACGAGCAGCGCCAUCGACCCGACAACCCGUUGAAAUGCGCCCAGUGCCCCUUCAUAGCUCGCCACCACCGCUCCCUGGUCUGCCACAGGGAGAAGCUGAACCAUGGCAACAAGUGUACUGAGUGCUCGUACAUAGGGAAGGACGAGAAGGAUCUGGAAGAUCACGCCAGCUUGCACAAUGGUGACAGUUUGUUUAUCUGCAAUCAAUGCGAUACUAGGUAUCCCAAUCAAAAGGCGCUACAAACACACAAGCGUCACAGAGCGAAGUGCAAGGAAUGUAAAGCCCAACUGUGCACAAAGUACCGUCUGAAGAGACAUAUGCUGCUCGAACAUGACAUGAACCUGCAGGAAAGCAAGGAGCCAACAUUUGUAUGUAGUAUUUGCAAAUGGGCGGGUAAUUCCAAAGCCAGGAUCCUGUUGCAUCUAAUCCACCAUCCUAAACAAACUGUCGACGAGUCUAUUGUUGAUGUUAGUAUAUUGAGGAAGUUGGGGAUCAUGCAAUGAACUGGUUAAAUUGGUUCAGUGUUAAAUUAUAUUAAAAUUAAGAGCAAAAGAUUAAGGGGCAAACUGAGGAAUAACUACAUGGGGCAGAUAAAGGAAACACUCGGUGUCAUAUCGUGUAGCAAGGUCAAAUAUAUGGCUUGGGACAGAACUGGCUGGAAAAAAACCAUGAAUUACUUGCACCGUCAAGAGGAAACUCUUAAAUGAAAAGAGAAGUCCAAGAAUACUACCCUGAGAUACACCUACAUCGACAUUAUUUGUCAAAUGACUGGAAUCAAUUCAUUAUUCCGCCUCAGACUUUCCUUAGCUGCAAAUUUGGGGAUGGAUACAUUGUCCAAAGCAUUGGAUAGAUUCAGAGCAAUAUAAGAUUAUCUGGAUUUGUGAUAAAGCAGUUGUGAGUACUUCCGAAGCCAAGAUCCUAAUGCAUCUUAUCCAUUAUCCGAAGCACACACGAAUGAAGUCGCCGAGAAAAACUAGUUUUACCUAUAUAUGUGUAUAUAUUUAACAUAUAUAUCUUCGUUCGAUAGCACUACGCGUGCUGCAUUAGCUUUUAAACUUUGUUUUAAGAAUUUACAUGUAAAUAAAGUAUAAUUUUAAUAAAGCCACUGUUUUUUUUUUUAUUUA